AUGAUCAAGGCCGAGCCGGAGCUCCGUGGCCAGCUACGCGGAGGCGGCGGCAUGCUGCAGCAGCGCUGCGACUCGUGCCGGUCGGCGCCGUGCGCGUUCUACUGCCGCGCCGACUCGGCGGCGCUCUGCGCCGCGUGCGACGCGGACGUGCACUCGGCCAACACGCUGGCCAGCCGCCACCGCCGCGUUCCGAUGGGCGCCGUGGCCCCGGCCUCGCCUGCCGGAGGGCCCUUCGUCGUCCGCCCCGGCGGCGUCAACUCCUCCUGGCCCAUCCGCGAGGGCCGGAGGUCCUACUACGACGACGGCGAGGGAGAGGAGGAGGAGGAGGAGGAGGCGACGUCGUGGCUGCUGCUCGACCCGCUCCGGGGCUCGGAGGGUGACGCGCCGGCUUUCGGCGACGCGCUCGUCGCUGACUUCCUUGACCUCGGACGAGCAGGCGAGAAGGACGCGUCGAGCAAGGAGUACCGCGGCCACGGUGUCGAGAGCCACGAGGGCAGCCACGAGCUCGUCGUGCCCGGCGAGCCGGUGGCGCAGCUGCAUGAGCGGCAGGGCUUCACGGCGGAGAUGUCGUACGAUGCACAAAAUUCUAACCAUGGGUACGGAUUUGGCGCAACAUUCCAACGCAGCCUUUCAAUGUCAUCAUCACCGGACAACAGUAGCACCGUUCAGGAUGUGACCAGCUCGUACAUGAGGAGCAGCGAGAGCAGCGUCGACCUCUUCUCAGCGGCGGCGCACAUGUCGCCGCAGUUCAUGGGCAUGGCCAUGGACAGGGAGGCCAGGGUGCACCGGUACAGGGAGAAGAGGAAGAUGAGGCGGUUCGAGAAGACCAUCAGGUACGCGUCGCGGAAGGCCUACGCCGAGACCAGGCCACGGAUCAAGGGGCGGUUCGCCAAGCGCGCCGACGCCGACCUCGAGGUGGACCAGUACUUCUCCGCAGCCGCACUGUCCGACUCCAGCUGCGGCGUUGUGCCCACUUUCUAG